AUGGAGUCCACAAACAUGUCGUCCUACACAUCGUCGCCGCAAGUGAGACCAGUCGACGCCAAGGCGCAACCAGCCAACGAGGUCGAGUCAGGCUACGGCUCGGCCGCAUCGUCGGUCGCCGGUUCGACGGGUGAGCUGCCCUUGGUCACCAUGACCCCGCCUCACCUCAACUUCCUCAAUGAGCAGCUCGAGAGGCUGUCGCCCCUGGAGCGCCUCCGCCUCGUCAGACUCAUCUUCCCCAACCUGUACCAGACCACCGCCUUUGGCCUGAGCGGACUUGUCACCAUUGACAUGCUGGCCAAGAUCCAGGCCGAGGACCCCCAAGGCCCCGCUAUUGACCUGGUCUUCCUCGACACUCUGUACCACUUCCAGGAGACCCUCGACCUGGUCGAGCGCGUCAAGGACAAGUACAACGUCAAGGUCCACACCUUCAAGCCCAAUGGCACCAACACCACUGCCGAGUUUGAGGAGCAAUACGGCGAGAAGCUGUACGAGGUCGCAUCCGAGCUGUACGACUACAUUGCCAAGGUCGAGCCUCAGCAGCGCGCCUACGCCGACCUCCACGUUGCCGCCGUCCUCACGGGACGCCGCCGGUCGCAAGGCGGACAGCGCGACAAGAUCCCCGUCCUCGAGGUGGAGGAGGAGACGGGCAUCGUCAAGAUCAACCCCCUGGUCGACUGGUCGUUUAAGCAGGUCAAGGCCUACAUCGACGAGCACCAGGUCCCUUACAAUAUCCUUCUCGACAAGGGCUACAAGUCGGUGGGCGACUGGCACUCGACCAGCCCCGUCGCCGAGGGCGAGGACGAGCGUGCCGGCCGCUGGAAGGGUCAGGCUAAGACCGAGUGCGGCAUCCACAACAAGAAGUCUCGCUACGCCCUCUUCCUUGAGGAGCAGGCACGCAAGGAGCAGCUCGAGGCACGCAAGGGUCAGGAGGAGCUGACGGCAGCUCUCGAGAAGGUCGAGCUGGAGCAAAAGUCAGAGGCGCCGGUCGAGGCCUCGGCAUAG